AUGACAAAAUAUUUUCCUGAAAGCAAGGCUCUGGAGACGAACACCGCAUGGAUGAAGCAACCAUUUCUCGUCGCCGAAGAUGUCAUUUCUGACAACGACUCUGCAAAAGACGAAUUCCUGAAGUUGAGAAAUGAUUCCGUGACCCGUAGCACAUUCGACACUGUCGAGGAUAUUGCAUCUUUCUGGUUUAAGCAAGGAGCAGUGGGAUACCCAACUCUAAUGACUCGGGCUAUCGACGUACUUCUUCCAUUUCCCACGACCUAUAUGUGUGAACUUGGGUUCUCGGCAGUGUACCACAUCAAGUCCAAGACUAGAAACCGGUUCGUUCCAAGCUCAGAUAUGAGGCUGGCUCUGUCAAAGACUAAACCACGCAUCCAAAAUCUGGUGUCGACAACACAAGUUCAUCCAUCUCACUAA